AUGGCAAUCGAGGAUAUCGGCCUGGUGGGCAUCAACGUGCGGAUGUGGCGGCACUUGGCCGUGCUGUACCCCACUCCGGGCUCCAGCUGGCGCAAGUUCGCCUUCGUGCUGCCGGUGACUGCGAUGAAUCUGAUGCAGUUCGUCUACCUGCUGCGGAUGUGGGGCGACCUGCACGCCUUCAUCCUGAACAUGUUCUUCUUCUCGGCCAUUUUCAACGCCCUGAUGCGCACGUGGCUGGUCAUAAUCAAGCGGGGCCAGUUCGAGGAGUUCCUCGACCUACUGGCCACUCUGUUCCACUCGAUUCUCGACUCCACCGACGAAUGGGGGCGUGGCAUACUGCGGAGGGCGGAGCGCGAGGCUCGGAACCUGGCCAUCCUUAAUUUGAGUGCCUCCUUCCUGGACAUUGUCGGUGCUCUGGUCUCGCCGCUUUUCAGGGAGGAAAGAGCUCAUCCCUUUGGGGUAGCUCUACCAGGAGUGAGCAUGACCAGCUCGCCCGUCUACGAGGUCAUCUACUUGGCCCAGCUGCCCACGCCCCUGCUGCUGUCCAUGAUGUACAUGCCUUUCGUCAGCCUCUUUGCCGGUCUGGCCAUCUUUGGGAAGGCCAUGCUGCAGAUCCUGGUGCACAGGCUGGGCCAGAUUGGCGGAGCGGAGCAGUCGGAGGAGGAGCGCCUCCAAAGGCUGGCCUCCUGCAUUGCGUACCACACGCAGGUGAUGCGCUAUGUGUGGGAGCUCAACAAACUGGUGGCCAACAUUGUGGCGGUGGAAGCAAUUAUUUUUGGCUCGAUAAUCUGCUCACUGCUCUUCUGUCUGAACAUUAUAACCUCACCCACCCAGGUGAUCUCGAUAGUGAUGUACAUCCUGACCAUGCUGUACGUUCUCUUCACCUACUACAAUCGCGCCAAUGAAAUAUGCCUCGAGAACAACCGGGUGGCGGAGGCCGUUUACAAUGUGCCCUGGUACGAGGCAGGAACUCGGUUUCGCAAAACCCUCCUGAUCUUCUUGAUGCAAACACAACACCCGAUGGAGAUAAGAGUCGGCAACGUUUACCCCAUGACUUUGGCCAUGUUCCAGAGUCUGUUAAAUGCGUCCUACUCCUACUUCACCAUGCUGCGUGGCGUCACCGGCAAAUGAGCUGAAAGACCGAAAAAUCCGGGGUUGCCCCAUCCAUGCUCCUCCUUUUUCCCUUUCCCCAUUCCCUAUCCCUUUUCCAGCAAUCCGGGUAAUGCAAAAAGUUGUUGCUGGCUGUGGUCCUGGCUGCUUGUUUGGCAUUUGCAUAUGCUUGUCGUUUGAAAGGAUUUAAUCGGACUGCUGGCAAGGAGUCGGCAUCCUGGCUCCUGGAUCCUGGCAUGCAAAUAGUUGGCUUCUUAGAUUGUUACACAAAAUAGAUUGUAGAUUGCAGCAGAAUGUUGUGCUUGGAAUAAAGUCAAAAGGAUGUGGAGUAGGUCCACGGCUCUGCCCAUUCUGUUUGCUCCGGAUGCCCGAAAGUAUGAUUCACAAAUAUCAAAGCAUUCGGAUUUGCGGCGAUGGUGGCUUUCAAUUUGGGCAAGAAGGAUGUGCCACAGCGAUAUGAAUAAGUAAAUAUUUGGUAUUCCAGGCAAUUAGUGUUGAUAUUGAUUGAGUGGAAUUAGUCCGUGCCCUAUGCCCUAUGCAUUUUUCAUUGCUCCAUUUGCGCAUACUUUCAGGCUAACCCAUCGAAUUUGAAUAUCCGAGGGUCGUCCUCUGCGCUUUUAAUUAAAAUGCCCAAAAACUAGUCGUCGUUGUCUGCUGCAAUUUAAUUAACAUUAGUCAUGUCCUUUAUUAUGCAAAUAAACUGCUGCUGCUGCUGCUGCUGUGAGCAGGAUCGUUUAAUGCCGGCCCGACAGCAAUAACAACUUAAUUUAAAAUUCAUUAUAACUGACACCAACUAGUUAAACAAUUGCCGGCGGCAGCAGGAACAGCAGCAUAAACAUCAACAGCACCAAAGGACAACUAAGCGGGUGCACAACAAGGACGAAGGACGAAGGCGCCCCUCGAAAAUUGAAAUGAGCGGCGGCAGGCGCUCUCGAAAUACGCAAAUAAACUUCAAAGAAGGACGA